GUUUGUGUUACAAAAACAAAUCCAAGAGUGGCUGAGAGUUUCACACCAAACAAACACACAAGAGUGAGAUAGAGAGAAAAAAAGAGUGUUCACAUUUUUCAUAUUUUGUGUGGUGCUUGUUCUUUAAUCUUAUUUACACCCCCCCUUCUCUUACAUCCCGCUUCUCUGAAUCCCUUUCUGUUAAUCAUCUGUCUUUCAUCUUAUAUCAUUUUUUUGAGUUUUUUUCCUCUAAAAAGUAUAUCCAGAAAGUCAGGUGUUUUCAGAAUCGAGAUCCAGUUUAUUUUUUUCACUAAGGAAAAAAUAUUUUAUCAUUUUUACUUUUUAAAUUUAGUUUUCUCAUCUUUCAAAUUAGCCAAGAGGGUUGUUUUUGAUACCUCAAAAGCUUUCAUUUUUACUAUUUCUAUUUUUAUUUUCUUGGAGCAAAGGGGUUGUGUAUUUUAAACCUCUUUCACCAAUUUUAUCUUUUCUUUUGGAGUUUUUUUUUCUUCAAUUUUUGAAGAACGCAGGUUAAUUUUAUCUAAGAUCUGUGUGUGUUUUAUUUGAUACUAUUAAUUAUGGCAGGUAGAAUGGAUUUCUUCAACAAUUCACAAGAUCCAUUCAAUGGUGGUGAGUUAAUGGAAGUUCUAGAACCUUUUAUGAAGAGUUCUUCUUCCACUGCUACUCCCUCUCCAUCUGCACCCCUUUAUUUAAAUUCACACCUCCCUUCAACUUCAUCUGAAUUUUACUCUUCUACCCCUCCCUUUUUCCAAUCUUCUUCUUCUCUUCCUCCUUUACCUUUACCUUCUCCUUCUCUUUCAUUUUCAACACAGCCCAAUUUCUACACAGAAGGUUGUUCUUCAAUGAUGACCUAUCUAUUUCCCUCAGGUUCAUCACAAAGCCAAAAUUUCAUAGGCUUUGAGCAACCCAAUUCUGUUAUUGGGCUAAACAACUUAACCCCAUCUCAAAUUAACCAGAUCCAAGCCCAGAUCCAUCUUCAAGCCCAAAAUCUAAACAACAACACAAAUCUCAGCUUCCUUGGGCCUAAGCCCAUCCCAAUGAAACAACCUGGUGUACCUCCAAAGCCCACUAAGCUUUACAGAGGUGUAAGGCAAAGACAUUGGGGAAAAUGGGUUGCUGAGAUAAGACUACCAAAGAACAGAACAAGGCUUUGGCUUGGUACUUUUGAAACUGCUGAAGAAGCUGCUUUGGCUUAUGAUAGAGCUGCUUAUAGACUCAGAGGUGAUUUUGCUAGGCUUAAUUUCCCAAACAUGAAGAAUCAACAAGGUUUGUUUGGAGAUCAGUUUAAGCCUCUGCAUUCAUCUAUUGAUGCUAAGCUUGAUGCUAUUUGUGAGAGUUUAGGUGAUGUGAAGAAACAAGGGCAUGUUGAAAAAAGUGUGAGAGGUUCUUCUAAGAAGUCUUUGAAAGAUGCUAAGACAAUUGUUGUUGAGAAUAAUAAUGAUGACAACAAGGUUGAUGCUUCUUUGUCUCCCGUUAUGACUGAGAGUGAAGGCUCUGAUGAUUCUUCUCCACUUUCUGAUCUUACUUUUGGUGAUAUCACUGAACCACAAUGGGAAGCUGGUUCUGAACAAUUUAAUCUUCAAAAGUUUCCUUCUUAUGAGAUUGAUUGGGAUUCUCUUUGAAAAAGAUGGAAUUUGGUAGUGAUUUAGUGGCUAAACUGCAAUUUGAGUUUUUGAAAAUUGUAGUGAUGCUUCUAGGAUUUGGAUAAUUGAGUCUAUGUUAGGUUUUUUAUUUUUUAUUUUUAGAAUUAUUUUUGUUAUUUAUUAUUAUGAUGUCAAUAUGUUGUAAAUCUCUCUACCUUGGUCAGCUGGCUUUUUUACUUGCUUGGCUAAGGAGAAUGACUUCGGCUUAAUUAAAUAUGUUACAUUAUUGGUGUAAUUCAAUUCUAUUUGUAUUUUCAACUUAUGAGAAUGAGAAUUAUAUUGUAUUAGUUUGUAAUUCAACCGAUAUUUUACACCUUGAUUGUAACUGCAAGUUGUAUCUAUA